AUGGCAGACAACCGGGAACGACCGCUCCAUGAGCUCCUCUCCCACGACAUGGUCGACAUCUACGUCGGCCCCGAAAACACGCACUGGGUCCUUCACGAAAAACUCCUCUGCUACCGCUCGCGUUUCUUCCGCAACAUCUUCUUCUCCAAAUCCGGCGACCGAAAGAACCGCUUCUUCGGCCUCCCGGACGAAGACGACGAGCCCUUCCGCCUCUUCGUAGGAUGGCUGUACUCCGAGCGCGUGCCCGCCCCCAAGGAAGAGAAGGACCUCUCCCCGCUGCUGGAUAUGUACCUCAUGGCGGAGAAGUGGGAGAUCAAGAGACUGAUCGUGGAGGUGCUGGAUGCGGUGCGGACGUACUAUCACGACACGGAUACGUGGCCGAGUCUGCGGCGCGUGCAGUAUAUCUACUCCAAUACGGAGAAUGAGAGUCCCAUGCGCCAACUCCUCGUUUCCUGCGUUGCGCGUAUGCUUGCGCUUGGACAGGGUGUGCCGCAGCAUUGGCAGAAUGCUCUCACGAAGAACGGGCAGUUGGCGGUGGAUAUCAUCCUGAAUGUGCAGAAGUGGAAGCUGGAUAAGGGGGGCAUUCCGGAUGCGCGAGAGGAGAGCGUGGUGCCUUUUGCGGAUGAGGCGGCGAAUAAGGGGCUGAAGAUGGAGGAUGAUCAGAAGGUUGGUGUUAAUGGGAAGGGUGGGGAUGACGAGGAUGAGGUGGACUUGGAUAAUACGUUGGAUUGGGGCGAGGGACUCACGUGGAGUGGGGAUGUCAGUGGGAUGCAGAGUGAGGUGGGCGCGGUCAAUGGGAGUUGA